ACAAAAAAAAUCAAAUUCUUCCAAAAUCGUACGCGCCGCUAAAGUUUAAAUGAAUAGGUUGGCGACCAGGCGCCGUAUUUUGUUUUGAGGCUUUGCCGAGCGCGGACCGAACGACGAACAACGAACAUCAGCGAAAUAAGCUUUUGCCGGGACUUGUGUGUGCGCGCUGAUAAACGAUUCAUCUGAACCAACAAGCAUUCCAGUUGGGAAUACAUUACGGCACGAGCAGCUAACAUUUAAAAUGAAAUAUUUCGGCGGCGUCGAAGGCGGUGCAACGCACUCCAGGCUGGUCAUCUGCGAUGAAAGUGGACAGUCCGUGGGCUCUACCAGCGGUCUGGGCACCAACCACUGGGGUAUUGGUAUACCGGAAUGUGCACGACGCAUCGCCGACAUGGUGGAGCGGGCCAAGGAGGAGGCCAACAUAUCGAGGGAGACUCCCCUGACCAGUUUGGGUCUCAGUCUGAGUGGCUGCGAGCAGGAAGCCACCAAUCGAGAGCUGGAGCAGGAGCUGCGCAACACAUUCCCCAACCUGGCCGACAGCUAUGCUGUUUCCAGUGAUACCAUGGGCAGCAUGUACACCGCCUCCUCCAUUGGCGGCAUGGUGCUCAUCUCCGGCACCGGCUCCAACUGCUUGCUGCGCAACCCUGACGGAUCCACAGCCAACUGUGGCGGAUGGGGCAACUUCCUUGGGGACGAGGGCAGCGCCUGGUUCAUAUCCUAUCGCGCCGUUAAGGUUGUCUUCGAUGAUCUGGAUAACUUCGAGAAGGCGGUGGCUCCCGUGGACAAGACCUGGGCCCUCAUCAAGGAGCACUUCAGCAUUGAGACACGCUACGACAUGCUGUCCCAUUGCUACGCCAAGUUCGACAAGCCCUUCUUUGCCAAUCUGUGCAAGAAACUGGCACAAAAUGCGGAAAAUGGCGACGAACUGGCAUUGAGUCUGUUCCGCGAGGCUGGCGUGCAUCUGGCACGCAUGAUCAUGGCCCUGUUGCCCAAUGUGCACGAGGAGCUCGUGCAGUCGGGCGACCUGAAUGUGGUGUGCGUUGGUUCGGUGUGGUCCAGCUGGAAUCUGAUCAAGGAAGCCUUCACCAAAGAGCUGGCCAAGCAGAGCCUCAAGUUCAAUCUCAAGCUGGUGCGCAUCACCAAGAGCAGUGCCUACGGUGCCUGCUAUCUGGGUGCUGACAAUGCCGGCUUUGAUCUGCCGCGCAACUAUUCCGACAACUUUACAGUAUUGCACACAAUCUCCAAGAGCGGCAAAGCCACAACGGAGAAUGGUGUGGCCACGGGGUCCUGCAAGUGCUAAGA